UUUUUUUUUCCUCUUUGGCCAGCACUUUAGAAUUUGGCACAGUUGUACUCCCCAUUUCUCAUCAAGCCAGCGUGCACUUUGACCCAAAGGAUAUCCUGUGCUUUCUCAGCAUUUGCAGCUCAACUGGAGAGAAACGAUCUUUAGAGCUUUUAUGCAUUUCUAUGAACACAUAGAGACAUUUUCCCAAAGCUGAAAACGAGAGAGAAAACCUUGACGAUGAUGACAGAGGCAAAAGAAGAGGCAUCAACUUUGAGUGUCCAUGGUCACAGCGUGAAGGUUACAGAGGUGCUGAAAGAAGUGGAUGGACUCACAUUUCUGAUAGUCUCUCAAAAACUAUCUGGAACAGGGGAGUACCACGUGGACCGGACCUAUGAGGACUUUGAGUGGCUGCAGCAGCACCUGUUUACUCAGGAGGACGUCCCCGGAAUACAAGGGGUCAUUUUUCCUCCUCUUCCUGCAAAGGCUCAGGUGAAUUCAUCAGGAAAAAUCUUCAAGCAGCUUGGUUUCUUGGCUUUGGAAGAGUUGCAGCCAUACUGUGCGGCACUGCAGACCUUCCUCCACCAGGUCGCAGCACAUGACAUACUCGGCAAAAACAAAGCUUUGGAGAUCUUCCUCACCAGCUCGGAACCGCCAGGUCGACAGAGAGCAAGGAAAAACAUUUUCAACCGACUGAGUCAAGCUGUGGAAGAGAUGAGAAAAGAAAGCCAUAAGGAUGUUGACGACUUCUUUCAAAGCAAACGAGACAUGAACCUCACUCUCACUGGCAGCACCAAAAAUACUGUGGAGAAAUUCCUGGAUGUGGUGCUGAGUGAGCAAAAAAUAGCAGUGGCCUGUGGGCACUUUGCAGCCUCCCUGCAUCUGUGUGUGGAGUCAGGAGACGAUCCUGACAAAGCAGCUUUUUCCAAGAUUUGUGUGAAAUUAUCAGACAUCUUUGAGUCGAUGAAGAAGAACAUGGCAAACGUUGCUAAAAAUGACGUCAGCACUCUUGGGCUGGGUCUGGAUCUUGAGUCACGCUAUCAGGAAGCAGAAAAGGAGAUGCUUUUCAGAAGGACCUGCAAACUGGUGGAGUUGGAGACUGCCAGAAAGAACGCAGAGAAGGCGAAACCAGUCAAGAAGGCAGCUUUGGAGGAUGUGAAGAAAGCGGCAGAGACAGAGUUUGAUCAUAUUUGUGAAGUGGCGAAACAGGAGAUAGAACACUUCCAGGGUGAACGAGUUCAGACGCUGCAGCGAGCGCUGGUGACCUGGUGUGAGAAGCAGCUCCUCACGGCCAGAGAGAGCGCAGAGCAGUACGACCAUCACCUGCAGGUCUUCAGAGAGCUCCCAACAAUCUCCCUCACAUUUGUUUUCAAUCCAUCCUCCCUCCCCACCCUGAAAGCUAAACAUUCAGACAAACUUUUUGCCAAUAAGCUCAAUGUCAUCCUCCCCUCCCCGAGUGGCCCCAAGAACCAUGGCGUGCUCCUUCUCAUCAGGUCUCAUCAGUUCCGGGCCUGUAAUCUCUCCAUUGGGUGAAUUAGGAGGAGUGGAGGUCCAUUUGUGGGACGGAGUGAGAUAGAUGGCUGCUCUCAUAAGAGGAGAGGCCAGAGAGGAAGCGGAGCUUGUUGAACAACGCUUCUCUAAAGGAUCGACGUCCAUCUCACCGCAAAGCCUUUUCCUUUGUCCACCAGGAACAGACUUUGGCUGUUCAACUGAAUAACUCAGAAAUGCAUAUUAUAAUUUAUGAAAAUGCUAGUUGGUUGUGUGUAAUUGAUAGCUUUGUAUUAAAGGUGA